CCGUGGGCUGGUUUCCCAGAGAGAACCGGUGUCCUAGAUCUCCCUGGACCCCGGGAAACUCUCCUCAGACCCGGUUUCCUGGCUGUGGGCCUGGGAGAGGCAGCAGUGAGCAGUGCAGCGUCUGGAGCUGCAGCACGGGGACACUGGAACCUACCAGGUCAGAGGAGCUGCCAGACUGGAGCAGAACGGGUGUUUUCCUCAUCUGCUCUUAAGGAUGGCGCCCUCACAACUGUGUUUGGGAUAUCUUGUGGUUAUCCGGAAAUUUCAGGUCCUGUGAACUGGGGUUUAUCGUGGCUUUUUCACUCUUGCUAAAAUCUGGCAGAGCAGUUGCAUUAUCUGCGUUUGCUAUUGUGUCAAUUACAAAGCUCCAGGAAUAAACCAAGAUUGAGAAAUACACUCUAUAUUUUGGAGACCUGUGUUUAAUCUGUUAAAACUCAUACUAGGGAUUUUGUGGCAAAGUCUUUUUGAAUAUAGGAAUUCCAGUCUUUGUUCCUAAGACAGAAACUCAGAGCAGAGCAACAAGAAGAAUGACUGCUUCUUUGGUAAAUACACCCCAGGGUCUGUUAACAUUCAGAGAUGUGGCUGUGGAGUUCUCAGUGGAUGAAUGGGAAUGUCUCAACUGUUCUCAGAGGGCACUGUAUACAGAUGUAAUGAUGGAGAAUUACAGUAAUCUAUUGUUUUUGGAGAAUUUUCUUAAAUGUGAGAAGGUGUUGGAUCAAGGUACAAAGCACAUUGUUCACAAGCAUAUGAGUAUCCAAGAAAAGUCUUACAAAUGUAAUGAGCCUGUCAAAGUGAUUCAUGAAUCCUCACAAAUUACACAUUCCAGAACCAAACAUAAACAUGAGUCUGUCAAAGUAUCGAACCUAAACAAAAACAAAACUGGGAAGACUGGAGUUGAACCUUGCAAAUUCAAAGACUGUGUGAACUGUUUGAAUGUGUGUUCCAUCAUUAGUCAAAAUGGAAGAAUCCAUAUAGGAGAGAAAGAACCUAACACUACAGAGCAAGAAAAUCUGUUUGAUUCAAAACAUAAACUCAUGACUAAACAAAGUAAUGGUAGUGGAAAAAAGUCACACAAUUGCAGGAAAUAUAGGAAAUGCUUCAACAUGUACUCAGGUGUCAGUAGACAUCAGAGAGCACAUACUAGAGAGAAAUCCUAUAAAUGUACACACUGUAGUGAAUCCUUUCUGCAUUUGUCACAGCUCAAACUACAUUACAAAAUUCAUUAUGGACAAUAUCCUUGCAAAUGUGGUAAAUGCUUUUAUCAUAUAUCAAGCUUUAAAAAACAUGAGAGGAUCCACUGUGGUGGCAAUACUUACAAAUGCAGUCAUUGUGGCAAAUCUUUUAUCUACUACUCGCAAAUUAGAAAACAUCAGAGAAGUCACACAGGAGAGAAACCUUACAAAUGUAAUGAAUGUGAGAAAUGCUUUCCCCAGAAAUAUCAACUUACAGUUCAUCAGAGAAUUCACACAGGAGACAAACCUUACAAAUGUAGUGAAUGUGACAUGUCUUUUAUCAAGAAUUCCAAUCUUAGAAGUCAUCAACGAAUUCAUACAGGAGAGAAACCUUAUGAAUGUAAUGAGUGUCACAAAUGCUUUACUCAAAAGUGCAGUCUUGUUAUUCAUAUGAGAAUUCAUACAGGAGACAAACCUUACAAAUGUAUUGAAUGUGACAAAUGCUUUACUGCAAAAAGCAGUCUUAGAAGUCAUCAGAGAAUUCAUGCAGGACGGAAACCUUAUAAAUGUAUUGAAUGUGACAAAUGCUUUAACCACAAAAGCAGUCUUAGUAUUCAUCUGAGAAUUCAUACAGGAGAGAAACCUUACCAAUGUAGUGCAUGUGACAAAUGGUUUACUCGGAAAAGAAGUCUUGUUAUUCAUCAAAGAAUUCACACAGAUGAAAAACCUUACCAAUGCAGUGAAUGUGAAAAGUGUUUUACUGAGAAAGGCAGUCUUAGAAGUCAUCAGAGAACUCAUACUGGAGAGAAACCUUAUAAAUGUAAUGAAUGUGACAAAUGCUUUACCCAGAAAUACCAACUUACAAUUCAUCAGAGAAUUCAUACAGGAGAGAAACCUUACAAAUGCAGUGAAUGCAAAAAAUGCUUUACUGAAAGAGGAAGUCUCAGAAGUCAUCAAAUAAUUCAUACGGGAGAGAAACCUUUCAAAUGUAGUGAAUGUGGCAAAUCCUUUACUCUGAAAUGCCUUCUUACAGUUCAUCAGAGAAUUCAUACAGGAGAGAAGCCUUACAAAUGUAAUGAAUGUGGAAAAUGGUUUACUGAGAAAGGCAGUCUUAGAAGACAUCAAACAAUUCACACAGGAGAGAAACCUUAUAAAUGUAGUGAAUGUGACAAAUGCUUUACCCAAAAAAGUAGUCUCAAAAGUCAUCAGAGAAUUCAUACAGNGGAGAAACCUUACAAAUGUAGUAAAUGUGACAAAUGCUUUACCAAGAAAUCCCAACUUACAGUUCAUCAAAGAAUUCAUACAGGAGAGAAACCUUACAAAUGUAGUGAAUGUGAGAAAUGCUUCAGCUACAAACGUGCCCUUAUAUGUCAUCAGAGAAUUCAUACAUGAAAUAAACCUUACAAAUGCAGUGAAUGCCACAAGUGCUUUACUGAAAAGGGCAGUGUUAGAAGCCAUGAAAGAAUUCAUACACAGAAGAAACCUUACAAAAGUAGUGAAUGUGGCAAAUGUUUUAUUGAUAAAGUCACUUUUAGAGGUCAUCAAGGAAUUGAUGCAGGAAAAAUACCUUACAAAUGCAGUAAGUGUGGCAAAUAUGUUACCCAGAAAUAUGAUCUUAUGAUUCAUGGAAGAAUUCAUACAACAGAGAAACCUUAUAAAUAUAGUGAGUGUGACAAGUAAAAAGCUUCAAGUAAAAGCUCUCUUAGAAAACAUCAGAAAAAUCACACAGGUGAGAGGUGAAUGGGACAAAUUCCUUACCCAGAAAGAGUCUUAGAUAUCAUCAAAGUGCUCAUACACGAGAGAAACGCUAUGUGAUUGUUUGUAUAUGCUUGACCCGGGGAGAGGCACUAUUAGGAUGUGUGGACAUGUUGGAGUAUUUGUGGCCUUCUGGAGCAGUUCUGUCACUUUGGGCAUGACCUUUAAUACACUCAUCAUAGGGGCCUGGAAGCCAGUCUUCUCCUGUUUGCCUUUAGAACAAGAAGUAGAACUCUCAGCUCCUCAA